GGGGCGGGCGCGGGCGGGGCGGUGCCGCUGCUGUUGCCGUCCGGUGCCGCAGGAGAAGGUCGCCCGCUCGCUCGCUCGCUCCGGGGGACUCCCAGGAUCUCGCUCAGCCGCUCGCACCGUCCCGAGCACUCGGGGACAUGUCGAGGUGGGCGGAGGCCCGGUGGGCCGGCGCCAGACGGCGGACGGCGGCCGCGGCACACUCGCCCUCCUCGAGCUUUCCCCGGAGACGCCUCCCUUUACACGCACCGCGAGCCUGAAGGCGCUGCCACGGCGAAGAGGCACCGAUAAGGAGCAGGACGCGCCGCUGCUGCACCGGGGGAGCUGCCCCGGGAAUUUUCCCGGGAAUUUCGGGAAUUUCCCCGCCCGGGGAGGAUGAAGCUGCUGGAGAACUCGAGCUUCGAGGCCAUCAACUCCCAGCUCACCGUGGAGACCGGAGACGCCCACAUCAUCGGCAGGAUCGAGAGCUACUCGUGCAAGCUGGCUGGCAUCGACAAGCAGCUCUUCAAGCAGUUCUGCCAGGAGGGGCAGCCCCACGCGCUGGAGGCGCUGAGCCCGCCCCAGAGCUCCGGCCUGAGCCCCGGCAGGCAGGGGGAGGGCCCGCUCAGUGACACGUGCAGCCGCAAGACGCUGUUCUACCUGAUCGCCACCCUGAACGAGGCCUUCCGGCCCGACUACGACUUCAGCGCCGCCAAGAGCCACGAGUUCAGCCGCGAGCCCAGCCUGAACUGGGUGGUGAAUGCCGUGAACUGCAGCCUGUUCUCGGCCGUGCGCGAGGAUUUCAAGGCGCUGAAGCCGCUGCUGUGGGACGCGGUGGAUGAGGAGAUCUGCCUGGCCGAGUGUGACAUCUACAGCUACAACCCGGACCUGGACUCGGAUCCCUUCGGGGAGGACGGCAGCCUCUGGUCCUUCAAUUACUUCUUCUACAACAAGAGGCUGAAGAGGAUCGUCUUCUUCACCUGCCGCUCCAUCAGUGGCUACGCCUACACCCGGCCGGACACCGGCACCGAGCUGGACAUGGACCUGGGCGAGGGGGACACCGAGAAGGGCGACAGCGGCGACCCCGAGGGCGGCGCCAUCGAGGAGGACAGGCUGCAGGUGAUGUGCAUGUGAGAUUCCCGGCGGGAUCCGAGACACCGGGAACGGAACCAGCAAUGGGACUGGAAAUGGACUGGGAACCAAACCAGCACCAGGAACGGGACUGGGAACGGAACCGGGGCUGGGAACAGAACCAGCAUUAGGAAUGGGACUGGGAACGGAACCAGGAAUGGGCCCGGGACUGGGAAUGGAACCGGAACUGGGAACGGAACUGGGACUGGGAACGGAACCAGGAAUGGGCCCGGGACUGGGAAUGGAACCGGAACUGGGAACGGAACUGGGACUGGGAACGGAACCAGGAAUGGGCCCAGGAAUGGGAACUGGACUGGGAAUAGAAGUGGGAAUGGAACCAGCACUGAGAACAGAACCAGCACUGAGAACAGAACCAGGACCGGAACUGGGCCUGGGAAUGGAACCGGGCCUGGGAACAGAACCAGGACUGGGAAAGGAACUGGGAACGGAACCACGAAUGGAACCAGCACUGGGAGUGGCACCAGGAACGGAACCAGAACCAGGAACGGAACCAGGAGCAGAACUGGCACCAGGAAAGGAACCAAGAACAGAACCAGGAAUGGAACCAGAAGCAGGAACGGAACCCGAACUGGCCCCAGGAAAGGAACCAGGAACGGAACCAGGACUGGCAACCAGACCAGCAUUGGCACCGGGAAUGGAGCCAGGAACAGAACCGGGAAAGGACCCGGCCCUGUCCUGGCGCCGCUGGUCCUUCCUGAGCCGUGUCCUCCCUGUCCCGGUGUCACGGUGUCCCCACGUCCCCCCCUGGACACUGGAGCCCCCCAGGAAUCCCGGAGCCCCGGAAGCUUCGCUGCACUUUAUGGCUCCUGCCCUCGGCUGCACUGAUCCCCGUCCCACCUGCCCAGGCUCCUGACGGGCUCCAUCCGUCCAUGCCGGCCCUGCCCGGGGCAAAACCCCAAACCCCACCCCAGGAACUGCCCCCUGGCCCCCUCCCGAGUCCGUGUGUUUCAAGAGUUUGGCUUUGCUCUG